AUGGCGAAGGCGGCGGCGCCGGACGACAACUACAACUUCGUCUUCAAAGGCGAGCGGCGAACCCCCCCCUUCUUCCUUCCCCCAGUGGUUCUGAUUGGAGAAUCGGGGGUGGGAAAGACCAAUCUGCUCUCGCGCUUCACCCGCAACGAGUUCAACCACGACAGCCGUACCACGAUUGGGGUGGAGUUCUCCACGCGGACCAUCCUGGUGGGAGACGCCCUGGUGAAAGCCCAGAUCUGGGACACGGCCGGGCUGGAGCGCUACCGGGCCAUCACAUCGGCAUACUAUCGCGGAGCCGUGGGGGCGCUCUUGGUGUUCGACAUCACCAAGCAUCAGACGUACGACGUGGUGGAGCGCUGGCUGAAGGAGCUGUAUGACCACGCGGAGGCCACCAUCGUUGUGAUGCUGGUGGGCAACAAGACGGAUCUGGCCCAAGCCCGGGAGGUGCCCACAGAAGAGGCCAGGAUGUAUGCAGAAAACAACGGGCUGCUCUUUGUGGAGACCUCUGCCUUGGACUCCACCAACGUGGAACUGGCUUUCGAGACCAUCUUGAGAGACAUUUUCAAUAAAGUGCAGAAGCAGAAGCAGAAGAGCCCCCUGGACAACAAAGUCUCGCUCUCCACCGAAAGUGACACCGCGGCAUCCACCUCGGCGGCUGCGGAGGGGAAGAAGUCCUGCUGCAUGAACCUCUGAGGGGGCCGGUGGGUGGGAGGCACCAGCCAGGUUUCAUGCACUGCAUUAAGCCAAGAGGACAGGUUAAUCCUGGUUUGCCCCACCAGCUAGUGGCUGGGUUCACAUUAAGCCAAAAUUAAGCCAUGAUAGGCUAAAAGCCUAUUGUACUGCAGUUUAGCCACAGAAGAUGGACUUCAGGAUUUCUUGAUCUGCUUGCCUACCUCAAGUUCGGGCAUUUGGCCUUGUGUUGGAGCAACAUAGGAAGUCGUUCCAAAGCGGCUUCUAGAUUGGAUCCAGAGUCACCCACCCAUAGAAGCCAAGGGGCCAAUCCUAAGUCCGGAUGUCCGGCUGUGCCUGUGAAACAAAACACUCUCCUCCCUCCCCUGGAACUUCCCUGCCUUCCAGCCACUAGUGCUAAACAUGGGACCACCAGCCACUGCGACUCACCAGCCUUUGGGCAGCCUUGCCAAGGGAAAGUGCCUCUUGGCCCUGGAAGCAUCCGGGCAGAACCUGUGCUAGGAGUUGAUGGGAAGGGGCUUCCCGUCUGAUCUUAACCAUGAUUCCCCCAAGAGAACCCUGUCUGAACCUCUAUUCGUCUUUUGGAUGGUGCGUACAAGUGUUUCCUGACCUGGGUUGGUGCCAGGACUUUUUCUCCAGUUGAAACUCAAGCAGAGCUUGACUCCAUUGUAGGCAACACACACACACACACACACACACACACACUCUUGCCUGCUUGGCUACUCCGUGCUGGAGCAGGAAUGUCCUUCUCUUCCGGUCCUCAGCUCUCCACGGCCAAUUCCUUCUCACCAGUGAAAGAGGGAAAUUAAGAGGGUUUUAAAAAACAACCUGGAUGAAAUUGGAAAGAUGAUUAAAAAAUACUCUUCCCACCUGAAUCAGGAGUAAAGAUACAGGGGACUCCAUCUUGGGAAGGUGGUCCAGGCAGAACUCCACCCCUCACUCUGGCCACCCUAGAGAGAGGGUUGAAAUCUGGAAAUUCCCUAGUAUGUGUUGAAUCUGCUAAUCCCAAUGAAAGGCAAAGAUUUUAUUCGCUCUGGAAGGAGUGAAGGGAUUUAAUUGGCCUGGAAGUAGAAGCUGUAACUGAGCUGGACAGAAGUAUUUUGUUCAUUGGUGAAACUGGACUCCUAGGAAGGGGUGAAGGUUGGUUCCUCUGAGGAACUGGCAAAAGAGAACUUGGAAACCAUGGGAGGUCAUAGUUACACCUGACACCAAGCUACCCUCCAUGGUUACAAGCUGCAGUAACUGAGUUCAAAGGAAAUGCUAAUGUUUUGUUAGCUCCUUUGAGUCAUGCAGAUCAGGUGGGCGGCCAGAUCAAUCUAGGAAAUGAAGACAACGAGGUCAACAAAAGUGGCUGAUGUUCUGGCUAAGGGGAGUGUGUGGGGGCCCUACUUCUGGGUCAACGAAACAGGAGUUGUGGCUUACUGCACCGCACACCUGCACCGAAUCCUGGUGGUUGGUUUUCACAACAAUUGGUUGAGAGAAUCGUGCCUUAUCCUGCCUGUAUAUAGAAGUUGGAUAUCGGUGGUCCUUGAGUUGUGGGGAGGGGGAGCAAAGGAAGCUGGUUCCUCAUGCCACUUUUUUUGAUGUUGAGCGAUGUCUUUCCUUGGGAAUAAUGGGCUCCGUGGGGGAGGGACCACGAGAGGACCAAAACGUGGUCUUUGGUGACCUUCCUCGAAUCUUUUGCCUUUCUUCCUGGCUUAGGGAGCUGCAGCUAAACCAAUCAGCCUCCUCAGAAGCUUAAAUUGCUUCCUUGCUUGCAGAGAAAUGAAAGUCGCAGGUCGCCCUCCCAUCGGAGACGUUUCCCAGGUGGUAACGUGGGAACCAGGCUGGGCCUGCUAGGCGCUUAUGCUCUCCUUUGGUGGCGUCAGGCAAGCGGUUCUUCCUUGCAGGGAUUCCUUUGGCCUGUGCGCAUCACUUGAGUCUCUUUCUAAAUCUUCCACCCACAAGACACCUGACCGUGGCAUAGGA